AUGGCGGCGGCCGUGCUCGACACGUCCGACGCAAUCUCCACCGCGCCGCCCGUCCAAGUGCAAGUGAUCAGCCAAUGGGAGACGGCGCUUCAGAGCAUGGUGGAGGAGAAGGUCCGCUCGUGGUACAAGCUGGCCAAUCAGGGCAUUUUCACGCGCCGCCGCACAAAAUGCGGGAAAAAGCACCACCACCACGACGCGCCGCCCCUGAAGCAGCAGCAGCGAGCGGGUCACCGCGAUGCGGGGGAGCAUCAGCAUCACUCGGUUAAGCACCACAAGAAGCACCAUCGAGGAGCGGAAAACGCGGCGGCGCCGGCGCAUGCGGUGGACGUGCGCGUGGAGUGCGAGGAGGCCGCUGCAGAAAACACGCCGCUGCUUACGGCGAGCCGAGCGCAGCAGCUGGAGCAGAAGCUCCUUAAGGGGGAGCGGGUCCGCGCUGUCUGGGGCAUUGUGACGGUGGGCAUCCUCGUGGCGCCGGCGUGCGCGUGCGCGCUCUUCGCGCUGCUCUUCCCCGCCCUCCUCCCCUCCUGCCUCGCCGUAUGGGCUAUCGUCGAGGUUAUCUUCGUGGCGAUCCGCUACCAGCAGCUGCGCCGCGCCAGCGCCCACCGCCCGGAGCUCCCGCUGCCCUCUCUCGAGAGCGUUUCGGACCUGCUCAGCCGCAUCCUGAAACUCAAGGGCAUCGUGGAUGCGCGCUAUUUCUUCGAGGGGUGGUUCCACAACACGCCUCUCGAGCGCCUCACCCGCGAGCACAUCAAGCAAUUUCUCUCCUUUGGAUUCUUCUAUCGCUCGUUCGAACAGCUGUCGCCCGAAUACCAGGAGGCCGUGGAAGGUGUGGGACUCUAUUCACCCUCUCCCUUCUCUCACUCCUCCCCCACGCCCCUUUCCCCUUCCAUCUCUGCUCCCAUCAUCUCGAACACCCCUCGCCCACCCAAUCCCCCCUCCUCCCCCCCCUCCUCCCCUUCAUUUCCGCUCCUUGUCAGCGCAAAUGGACUCUAUCGAGCGGGUGGGACCUACCUCGCACAUGGACUCUAUCGAGCGCGUGAGCCGAUAAGGGCGGUGGUGCAUCCGCUGUUUGUGUAUGCGUGGGGGCACAUGGUGGCGUGGCUCACCUGGCUCUGCCUCGCGCUCCUGGGGUUCCGCAGGCACGUCUCCCCCUCCGGCCUGCACUACUUUCACUGCCCGGGGUGGAAGGAGCAGAAGGGAAGCAAGGCGCACAAGGCAGAGGCGGAGGCGGAGAGCGGUGCAGAUGGGUACGACGCGGUGGUGUUCAUCCACGGGCUGGGCAUCGGUCUCACGCCCUACCUCGCCUUCAUUCACAUGCUGCUCGCCGCGUUUGGCUCCAAGCCCUUCAUAGUGGUCGAGCUGCCCCAUCUCGCCUGCCAGCUCACAUCCGCAUACCCUCUCUUUCCCCUUACCUUGUUACCUUCCCCCCCCUCCCUUCUCCCCGCCACCCCAGCCCUUCAUAGUGGUCGAGCUGCCCCAUCUCGCCUGCCAGCUCACAUCCGCAUACCCUCUCUUUCCCCUUACCUUGUUACCUUCCCCCCCCUCCCUUCUCCCCGCCUCCCUGUCCCCGCCACCCCAGCCCUUCAUAGUGGUCGAGCUGCCCCAUCUCGCCUGCCAGCUCACAUCCGCAUACCCUCUCUUUCCCCUUACCUUGUUACCUUCCCCCCCCUCCCUUCUCCCCGCCUCCCUGUCCCCGCCACCCCAGCCCUUCAUAGUGGUCGAGCUGCCCCAUCUCGCCUGCCAGCUCACAUCCGCAUACCCUCUCUUUCCCCUUACCUUGUUACCUUCCCCCCCCUCCCUUCUCCCCGCCUCCCUCCCUUCAUAGUGGUCGAGCUGCCCCAUCUCGCCUGCCAGCUCACAUCCGCAUACCCUCUCUUUCCCCUUACCUUGUUACCUUCCCCCCCCUCCCUUCUCCCCGCCUCCCUGUCCCCGCCACCCCCAGCCCUUCAUAGUGGUCGAGCUGCCCCAUCUCGCCUGCCAGCUCACAUCCGCAUACCCUCUCUUUCCCCUUACCUUGUUACCUUCCCCCCCCUCCCUUCUCCCCGCCUCCCUGUCCCCGCCACCCCAGCCCUUCAUAGUGGUCGAGCUGCCCCAUCUCGCCUGCCAGCUCACAUCCGCAUACCCUCUCUUUCCCCUUACCUUGUUACCUUCCCCCCCCUCCCUUCUCCCCGCCUCCCUGUCCCCGCCACCCCAGCCCUUCAUAGUGGUCGAGCUGCCCCAUCUCGCCUGCCAGCUCACAUCCGCAUACCCUCUCUUUCCCCUUACCUUGUUACCUUCCCCCCCCUCCCUUCUCCCCGCCUCCCUCCCUUCAUAGUGGUCGAGCUGCCCCAUCUCGCCUGCCAGCUCACAUCCGCAUACCCUCUCUUUCCCCUUACCUUGUUACCUUCCCCCCCCUCCCUUCUCCCCGCCUCCCUGUCCCCGCCACCCCCAGCCCUUCAUAGUGGUCGAGCUGCCCCAUCUCGCCUGCCAGCUCACAUCCGCAUACCCUCUCUUUCCCCUUACCUUGUUACCUUCCCCCCCCUCCCUUCUCCCCGCCUCCCUGUCCCCGCCACCCCAGCCCUUCAUAGUGGUCGAGCUGCCCCAUCUCGCCUGCCAGCUCACAUCCGCAUACCCUCUCUUUCCCCUUACCUUGUUACCUUCCCCCCCCUCCCUUCUCCCCGCCUCCCUGUCCCCGCCACCCCAGCCCUUCAUAGUGGUCGAGCUGCCCCAUCUCGCCUGCCAGCUCACAUCCGCAUACCCUCUCUUUCCCCUUACCUUGUUACCUUCCCCCCCCUCCCUUCUCCCCGCCUCCCUCCCUUCAUAGUGGUCGAGCUGCCCCAUCUCGCCUGCCAGCUCACAUCCGCAUACCCUCUCUUUCCCCUUACCUUGUUACCUUCCCCCCCCUCCCUUCUCCCCGCCUCCCUGUCCCCGCCACCCCAGCCCUUCAUAGUGGUCGAGCUGCCCCAUCUCGCCUGCCAGCUCACAUCCGCAUACCCUCUCUUUCCCCUUACCUUGUUACCUUCCCCCCCCUCCCUUCUCCCCGCCUCCCUGUCCCCGCCACCCCAGCCCUUCAUAGUGGUCGAGCUGCCCCAUCUCGCCUGCCAGCUCACAUCCGCAUACCCUCUCUUUCCCCUUACCUUGUUACCUUCCCCCCCCUCCCUUCUCCCCGCCUCCCUGUCCCCGCCACCCCCAGCCCUUCAUAGUGGUCGAGCUGCCCCAUCUCGCCUGCCAGCUCACAUCCGCAUACCCUCUCUUUCCCCUUACCUUGUUACCUUCCCCCCCCUCCCUUCUCCCCGCCUCCCUGUCCCCGCCACCCCAGCCCUUCAUAGUGGUCGAGCUGUCCCCUCGCCAUUUCAGACCGAUGCAUUGGUCGAGACGCUGUGCAAGCACGGGUACAAGCGCGUGGCAUAUGUUGGGCACUCCUACAGCACCUUCAUUGCUGCCACUCUCCUUAGGCGCCAUCGGUCAAUGAUAGCAGCAAUGAGCAUCAUCGACCCCGUCUGCCUGCUGCUCUGCCUGCCCAAAGUGCUGCACACGUUUGUGUACAGCCUUCCUGGUGGGGACCACCUGGCAGCGUGGAUCGGCGAGUCGGUGCGUUGGGUGCUGUGCUCCCGGGAGCUGCAGGUGGCGCGCAGCAUCUGUCGUGGCUUCUCAUGGCAGGAGUACCUGGUGUGGGGGGAUGAGCUGCCACCUGCCUCCCUGGUGAUGCUGGCAGGGGACGACCAGCUCGUGCCAUCGCCACAGGUGCAGAGCCAUCUGGCUCGCCACAAUGUGAAUGUGAUUUACAACGACGGGUUCCAGCAUGCAGAGUACCUCACAAGGCCCGAUGUACAGCACAAAUUCGUUAUGGCGUUUGCAGCUACAUGCGCCAAGAUGCAAUUGAAACCGUCGAUCUAUUCUGUGCUGAAUCCGACAUUCGCAUUCGCUAUCGUCGCAGCAUGGCUGCUCGUGUCGACUCACGCGGCUUCGCGAAACCCCUUCCUGACACUGUCGGCCGGAUCCGACGCCGAAUUCGGCAAUCAACGGUCGGUAGACGCCAAGCCGCCAGCGGUGCACGAUCAGCCGUUGAUCGGCAUCCUGUCGCAGCCGGGAGACGGCGAUGGGGGACGAGCGCCGCGAGUCAACGCCAAGGAAGACCUCAACGUGUCGUACAUAGCGGCUUCGUACGUCAAGUGGGUGGAGAGCGCGGGAGCAAGGCCAGUUCCCAUCCUCUAUGACGACCCUGAUUGGCUGAUGGAGAAGAAAUUCAGGGCCAUCAACGGGCUGAUACUCCCAGGCGGGGGCACGGAUCUGGUUCCAGGGCCGUUCUUCUCUGCUGUGGAGAAACUACUCAAGAUGGCCCUGGCAGCCAACGACGCAGGAGACUACUUCCCCGUGCAGGGCACGUGCAUGGGCAUGGAAACGCUCACGAUUUUCUUCAGCCAGGAUUUCGAUAUUCUGGAGACCAAGGCGUUCAAUGCAGAGGACAGCCCAGAGUCUCUCACAUUCACCAGUGAAGAGGCCAAGAGGCGAGCUUACUUCAGCUGGAUGACUCCCGACCUGCUGGAUCGCAUUCAGAGAGAGAAGAUCACCAUGGAGAAUCACGAGGAUGGCACCACAGUGGACCGCUUUCUCUCCAGCAAGCGUCUGAGGGAGUUUUUCCGCAUUCUCACCACCUCGGUGGACAGAAACGGCACUGUGAGUGCCCUGCCACUGCCACUUCCUCCUUUCCUUAGGCUCCUCAGCAACCCUCAAAAGUAUUGA